AUGGAUUUCAAAGCAUCUCUUACAAAAAAUUCUCUCAUAUUAGUUUUAAUCUUUUGCUUAAUCACCAAAGGGCAAUGUCAAGUAAAGUUCUUCACUUUGGAAAAUUAUGGUGCUGUCAAAGGUGGAGAAGUGGAUAAUAGUAAGGUGUUAGUUAAAGCAUGGAAUGAUGCGUGCAAAUGGAAGGGUGCCUCAAGAUUAGACAUAUCUUCAGAGACUUACUUUGUAAAUCCAGUAAUAUUGAGCGGCCCAUGUAGUGGCCCAAUAGAAUUUCAUAAUUCGGGCACUUUGAAGGCUCCAUUGAGCUUGAAACCGGGCUCUUGGAUCGAGUUUCGUCAUAUCAACAGACUGACACUAACUGGAGGUGGGUCAUUUGAUGGUCAAGGCCCACCAAAACAACCUAAUUCUAGGCUUUCCUCGAUGCUGAGCUUAAGCUUUGUGACAAAUUCAAAAGCAGAAAACAUAAAACUAAGGAACAGCCAAGGGACCCAUUUGAUAUUAUUUGCAGUGAACAAUACGGAGUUGAAUGAAAUAAGGAUAUCAUCCCCAGAAGAAAGUCAUAACACGGAUGGCAUUAAGAUUGGAGCUUCAAAUGGGAUUACAAUAACAAACUCAAACAUAGCCUCAGGAGAUGAUUGUAUUGCCAUUCUCACCGGAUCUAAAAACAUAACCAUAAGUGGUGUUAAUUGUGGUCCUGGACAUGGAAUUAGCAUUGGAAGCAUGGGACAUUCGCCUAAUGAACAUGUGGAUCAUGUUACUGUCAAACAUUGCAAUCUCUCUGGUACUACUAAUGGUUUAAGAAUCAAGACUUGGGCUACUGAUUAUCCUGGAACUGUAUCAAAUAUUCAGUAUCAGGAGAUUAUCAUGGAUAAUGUUUAUAAUCCUAUCAUUUUUGAUCAACAUUACUGUGAUGCUGGAUCUUGUGGACAGGGGACUUCAAAAGUUGAAAUACAAGAUGUGACGUUCAGCAACAUACAUGGAACAUCAAGGUCAAAGAUUGCAGUGAAUUUACAAUGUAGUAGGAGUACACCGUGUAAUAGAAUAGAGUUGGAGGACAUAAAUAUAAAGUACAAUGGGGAAGAUGGAACAUCUAUUUCAAAUUGUUCCUAUGCAAGUGGCAAGGUUUCUGGUGUACAACUUCCUAAACCUUGCCCCUUAUUUUCAUAA